AUGCAACCCCUUAUAUCACCUAUUGAUCAUGAAUCUCGCACAAACUCAUACCGCGCUGAAGACGAACCUCGGACCUCUGAGGCAACGCCGCUGCUGCAACGUUUCCCAAUACAAACUGGCCAGGUUGGGAACCGUCGACAAACAGCGGUUGUUGUCAGCCUGCUCCUUGUAAUACUGUUGUCUGGCGUUAUCAUUGGAAUAUAUCUGCUGGUUGUGCAGAGCAGAUCAGAAAACGUUCUACCCCCUAUUGAAACUGCAAUGCGAUUCGUUACUCGUUCUCAAUGGGACAAGAUCACAAACGAACGCAUAGAUUUGCUGCCCCAACCAAUGACCAGCAGACAAGUUAUUGUCGUCGAAACGAACACGGCCCAGUGCAGCAGCUUGCAAAAUUGCGUGGAGCUGCUUGAUACGAUGCGGAUGACCAACACCUCAGUCCUGCCCUACAACUUCUUGAUAUCAGCAAACGGUCAAACGUUUGAGGCUCUGGGGUGGAGACGACGAUCAACUUUGUUUCCCGACUUCGACUCUACUGCUAUAGUUCUAGCCUUCAUCGGUAAUUACACAGAGGAAUCACCGGCGCGCGCCCAAAUACAGCAAGCUGAGGCGUUCCUUGCAGAAUCGCUAAGCCAACAGCGUCUAGUGCCCGGGAACUCGAGCCCUACGCACACGGUGGGCCGCAGCGCCGGCGGCGAACGGGCCUCUGUGACGUUUUCAACGUGCAGCCAGCCCUUGACGUCGUGCGCCCCCGAUUAUAUGCAUGCGGCGUUGUCGCGGAGGGAAAACGACGUCUUGUUCUUGCGAGUCGGGGUGGGAGUGUCCGCGAGCCUGUUUAAAAGCGUAACGGACGCUCCCUUGCGGGCCUACGUGCGUCGC